CACACACACACACACGCGCACACACACACACACACACACACAGUCGAUAGGAAAGGGAAGGAAAAAGCCGACUGAAGGACGGAAGGAAGAGGACUGAACUAACACGCCUGAGCUCGACACACACUCUCUCUCUCUCUCUCUCUCUCUCUCUCUCUCUCUCUGUCACACACUCUCUCUCUCUCUCUCUCUCUCUCUCUCUCUCUCUCUCUCUGUCACACACACACUUUGUUUCAGCCGGGCAGUGCGGAGCGUGAGACGGAGAGAGGCAGCAGCAGCAGCAGCAGCAGUGUAAGGAGAAACCAGAGCCGCUGGGACACCAGACGUCUGCUGGAGCCGCCGGGCUGCCUGGCAGUCCUGAGUCAGGGUUUACAGCUCAGCCUGAGAGCCGGAUCGUCUCCUGGAGGAAAAGUCUCACAGUUAAUCUCCCACAGCAUCUCCACGGACUGAGACCUGCUCCUACAGCUGCUGUCAACGCCGCGUAUCAGACUUUUGGAGUUUUUGAUCAAACCAGGCAGAAACGGGGCCGCAGACAGCAGGUUAGUUUAGUUAUCUGGACUUUGCAGACCAUCUUCAGUUGAAUUAAGCAGGUUUCAUAGAGUUACAUGUCAGAGUUAAUCCUGGAUCUGGAGACAACCAAGGGACCCACAAAAUGUAGGAGGGAGAAGUUUAGUGAUCAAACUUAGGAAGGAUUACAGCUGAAAUUCAGAGUUAAUCCUGGUUCUGGAGUUUUGAUCAAACCAGACAAGUGAAAGGACCCACAAGCAUCAGCAAACAAUCUGGGCAUUUUAAACAACCUGCUAACAAGCUUUUGACUUAUUUCAGUGGGAGUUAGACCUGGCUGUGGAGUUAAUUUAUCUGGACACAAACAAUUCUUCAGUUCAUUUCAGGAGCUGUUUAGAUUCAAGUCCUGGUUUUGGUCAUCAAAACAACCUGCUAAAUAAUCUUUUGCAAUUGUUAUUUCCUGAGCUGUUAAAUGUUUGAGUUAAUCCUGAAUCUCUUCAAAACAAAAACCCGACUAAGGAAAACCUGCGGAUCUCGUGGACUUUCUUCAGCCUACCUUUGUUUGAAUGGAUUUGAAGAGCUCGAUGUCCUAAAUUUGGAUCUCUGCAUGAAAGGCGACGAGGUCUUCUGACGUUUGGCAGGUCUCCUUGUCUCCGGUGUGGAGUUUUUUUCAUGGUUCGGAUGCUUCAUUGUGAGGAGCCACAACCACAUCGGGACAUGGCUAUAAUGGGCUAAAUAACUGGACAGCAGGGCGUUUUAGAUGUGUCAGCGAAAGUCUUCACAGCGGGAUAGAAAGCACAUCUCUGUGCUGGCCUGAUAGAGACUUCCAGAGCUGCUUGUGUGAGAAGUUGGGUGUUUUUUCUUCAGACAUUCAGAACAGAUAAAAGCAGAAGAGUGGCCCACUGUUAAAAAAAGAAACCCUCGACUGACCCUGCAAAUGGAAGAGAUAAUUAGCUUUUUCAACACGAACAUCAGAGGAGAAAUCAGACAGCUUUCAGAACUCAUCUGAACCCUUCAUGGACUUUGGGAAAAGAGAGUUUUAUUAGUUUGUUUGCCUUUAACACCACAAAACCAAAGUCUGCAGACAAGCUGUCCGAGAGAGAACAAUCUCUCUGUCAAACAUCAAGCAUGUCUUUUUCCAGUGUUCAGGACAGAUCAGAGCAGCGAAAACGUCUUCUGACACCAACAAAGUGUUUUUCUUCUUUCUGACAUCACGGACGCUUUCCUGCAUCUGUUUUUCUUUCUCAUGAGGAACUCUUCUCCAAUAUCACGGACGCUUUCCUGCAUCACAGCGUUCUGGAUAUUUUGGAUUUCUCCCUCUUUCUUUUUGCAACACGAAGAGGUUCUUUUGUUGGAUGUUUUGAAGUUUGUUGUCGUUUGAGCUGGACGUGGUGACGACCGCAGAGACUUCAGACGCCACGAGGAAGUGACGUGAGGACAACAUCGCGGGGAGGUCUGCUGCGAGUGUGUACAAGUGUGUGUGCACGCUGUACAGAGCGUGUUUAUGUGCACGAGAGAGAGAGUGUGUGUGGGAGUCCAACAGAAAGAGGGUGUAAAGUUGCGUGUUUGCAUGUGUGUGCAGCUGGUUGUGCAUUUGAGUGUGUGUGUGUGGACACAUCACACUGCGACGGCGACGCAGCUACUUCUGAGUUAUUUCCUGUUGCUCAACGCUUGAUGAAUUGUUGAAAGGACAAAAUCUCAACAUGAACAAACAAAAUUUCCAGAUAUUUCCCACGGAGAUGCUGCCGAGCCGAGCCGGAGGCCGGGCCAGUCCAGUCUGUCUGGAACAUGUUGCCCUGAUUGGAUGAUUACAGACGGCUCUCUUCUUCUGCUGCUUCUGUUUUUCUGAGAUUUACCCUGAACUAUUUGGCCUUUGCUGUUCGAGGACACAGUUUUCAUUGAGACCAGUGAGUCUGGGAGAAACUGAGAGAAAGGCCUCGAUGGUGAUGGAUGUUUUACAUUACUGAACACAUAUUUUUGGAUUACAGCAGUUAUUUCUACCUUACCUGAUUGCAGAGCAUCAUGGGAGAUGUGAAGGCACCACCGCCCGAUGUUUGGUUCCUAACUGUCGCAAGACACGCUGACAGUGUAAUUCAUUUCUUUAACACAAAAAGACUCUUCUGUAUUUGAUCAAACAUGAGACUUGACAUUCGUGUAACAAUAAGAACGUUUUUGACUCGAGCUCAUGAGUAUUUAUCCUCCUUUCUGUCCAACUUGCAAGUUUUUUAGGGGAUUAUUUAACUUUGUCGAACUAAAAAUAACUUUUCUCGAGGCUAUAAAAUUUAGCAUUUUAUUGGCAGACCAAAUGUUUCAGAAGCUGGAGCUCCGCAGCAUCUUUUUUUAGUGAGACCACUGCAGCAGUUCAGAAGAGCUCGGGCACUUUUUGGCAGAGGAGGCUUUCGUGCAGACGCCGACCACCACCAUGCUCCCUGGAGGACUGGUGUCGGGUGGAGGGGGUCGGGGCGGCGGGCUGUGUCUGCUCCGGUGGCUGGGCCUCAGGCUGUGGUCCCGCCGGGGGACCCUGGUGUUCGCUCUGCUCUGGUUCGGCUCCUGGUUGUUUCUUAACGGGCUGGUUCUGGUCCACAGGAGCAUCCUGUCCGACUACUGCACCGACGACAAGAGUAAGAGGAUCCUGCAGAGGCUGUGUCUGGACUUCGGCGAGGGCUCGGUGACGGGGGACAUGUGUGAGGACCUGUGUGUGCUCGGCCUGAUCGAGUACAAGCGCUGCCUCUACUACGAGAACGGGAAGAAGGUGAUCGAGGCGCGCUGGAGAGGAAACCCCGUCAUUCUCAAGUCUAAACUGGAGAACUUCUCCUCCUACGAGCCACUGGGAAUACUGGACUACCAGGACACAGCAGAGGAGCUCUCCCCUCUUGAUGUGGUGUUCUACGCCACUUUGGAAGUACGAAACUCUCUGGGGCUGGCUGAGGAGGACGAGGAUGAAGAAGGAGGAGGAAAUAACAGCUCUCUGGCCAGAUUUUGGGGGAAGAAGUUGAAAAACAGAGAUAAGAGUUACUCCAGAGCCGAGCUGGCCUCACUCUGGUCUCUGCUGCAGCAGGAGGAGUACACCUUCCUCAGAGUCCUGCAGGACCUCAGCCCCCACGUGGCCAAGGUGUUGGGCUCCUGCGGUCACUUCUACGCUGUGGAGUACCUGUCUGCCGGACACGCCUGGGACCAGAACAUCUUCUCCCUGGAGGAGGUGGUUGUUUCUGGGCUGCAGGGUCAGGGUCAAGCCGGACAGGGAGCCCGCGGGAGGUGGACCGCCAGGGAGAUGGUGCAUCGCAUCGCGCUGAGUUUUCUGGACAUGGUGUGGCACUUUGACAACGACUUCACCCACAAACUGCACCUCUGUGACAUCAAACCGGAGAACUUUGCCAUCAGGAAGGACCUGACGGUCGUAGCGAUCGACGUGGACAUGGCGUUCUUUGAGCCGAAGAUGAGAGACAUCCUGGAUCAGAACUGCAGCAGCGAUGACGACUGUAACUUCUUCGACUGUUCGUCCAGGUGCAACCUGAACAAACGCAGGUGCAGCCCCCGCCGCAGGAACAGCAACCUGCAGGUGAUCUGUGAGAAGAUCUUCCGGCCGUGGUUUUCUCCCACACUGCUCGGGGCCAAAGCAGGGCUCCCUCUUCAGGUGGAGCUGCAGAGAGCGGUGCAAGAGUGUUCGGAAACAGUAGGAGGCGUGGAGCAGAGAGAAGACGAUGAGAUGGGUCAGAGCAGGGGCGUCCAUCAGCGUCUCCUUAAAAUCCUGACCCGCCUCCUCCAGGAGGGAGGGGCUUCGGGGGAAGGAGGAGGGGCCUGGGAGGGGAAAGGCCACAUCCACACUGCACUGAACUUCUGAGAAGGUGAAGUGAAGACUGGUGUCCUUCUACAGUCUCUGACAGUCAAACAUGAACUAUAAAUAAAUGCUGUAUGGCCCAAAGUAUGUGGACAACACUUUCUAUGUGUACUCUUGGUCUGGGUCGGGUUUUCCCGGUUUGGGCCUCUUAGUUCCAAUGAUGGGAAACCCAAAGCAGCUCCAUAAAGAAAUGGUGAAGAGCUUGACUGCUCUGCACAGAGCCCCCGACCUCAACCCCAUCCAUCAUGUUUCGGGGGAACUUGAACACCGACUGUGAGCCAGACCUGAUCAACAGGUUCAACAUCUGCUGGAGAGACUGAAACCAGAAGGAGGCUGGCGGGUAUGACAAACUAGAAUCUAUAUCCCACCAUCCGCUGUUUGUUGUACACAAAGUCUUUGGAUUUCAUGUCACUUUGGAUUUGGUCACAAUGAAUGUGGAAACAUCCAGAGCAGGCCUGGAGGUCUGAGUGAGAGUGAUGCCUUCAGUGUCUCCUCAUCUGAGGAGUAUAUUACGGAUCCAGUCUACGAGGAUCCUCUCUUCUUAUCCAGUUAGUCUCAGUGAGAUUUAAAAAACCUCAGUCGUUUGAGAUACAAGCUGCAGAUGUAACACCGUAGUAAAUGUAUUAAUCACUAAUUAUAUCAAUGAAUAGGUAAAAAUGACUAAUGGCUUCCUUCGUUGGUGUUGGAGCUCAACAUUGGGCAAGAUUUGGGCUUUUGAAGGCAGAUAACUGAUAUUUCCUUAAUCGAAACUGCCACAGUUAAGCAUUUCCCUUCCAAACAGUUCAGUUUACACACAACUCUACAUUAGAAUAUUUCCCCCAUAACAUACAGCAUCUUUAUUCUGUACAUUUGAUCAGUAAUUCAUUUUGGUUAAAUCCACAAUGGUCCAAAUAAAUCUUCUUCUCUUACCUUUAGUUGAGAGUAAUGCUACAACGAGGGUCACCAGUCCUGCAGGGACAGAAUAUAAGGUCAGUUUGUUGACAGGUCUCUGACCUACACAUCCUCCACAUUCGUUAUUCUAAUCAUAAAAAUGUUUUCAAUCUGGAUCAAUAAUCUGAAUCCACAUAGUUAAAGACGAGCAUGCUGACAGUCUGAAAGCAGUUGUCUGGGACUAUUAGGGUCAGAGUUUGUGAACUCGUCAUCUAAAUUUGGUUUUAACUGAACAGUAUCUUCAAGAGUUACAUCAGUUUUAGGCAGAUUUGGUCGAGCCAACAUGGAUCUGACAGUUACAAAAAAAGUAUGGAAUAUCAAAAGGGCAAAAAAACUAAAUGUUAUGCGUCUAAGGCUACAUCCACACUGCUACGUUUCUGUUUUAAAACGCAGCACUUUGUGCCUCAUUUACGCCUGCCGUUCAGACUAAAAAGGUGAAUCUGAACAGCUAAAAUGGAGAAAUUUGAAAACUUUUUAUAAACUUCGUGGUAGUGUAUUAGUGUGUACAGGUAAAAAUGGAGAAGUUUGAAAACACUAAAUAACUAAAUACCAAGUAACACUUGUACUGUGCAUAUCGCCAUAUUUACUUUGCGAUGACUCCCAGUGUGUUUUCUGCCACCACAGUCGCCUUGUACUCCUGUGUUACUUUCAGCACCAGUUCCACCUCAUUGUCGGUCCAUGCUAAAAAAUCUCCGGUGUGGUUUGUCAUCGUCUGUAGCAGAUUCUUCUUUCUAAUUAUUCACUUCAAUUCUGCUCCUUUAUGGCCUCCGUAGAUAUCACACAAACUGAUGAAGAUUGGACAAAGAUAUUUUAAAGAAAUUGUUGGAAAAAUCUAAAUGGUAGAACAUCUUGAGACCAAACAAAGCCAAGGAACCCAGCGGAAAAAUGUACUCACAGUUUAGGAAAACAUAUAGUGCUUUAUAAAGGCAACAGGCGUCCUUAAACUUAAAAAAAUAUAUAUUUCUUUACUCGCGGCCUAACCUUCCUCCAAAUCUUGAUAAACCUGUUACCGAUGUUUUGUGAACUCCUGCUAACCAACAGACCUUCUUGGCGGUGAUAAUUACAGAUUCUUACAUCAUCGCGUUGUAGGAUCUGUGCUGCAGUAACGAUAUGGAAGAACAUCAACGUCAUCUGUCUCCGGUCCACACACCAGCAAAGCACUUUCAUUAGGAUUUCUUUCUCCGACUGUUCAUUCGUGUGUCUGUGUUUAUGUCUGGGGUCGGACUGGGUCACAUGGGUGCUGUGAUAUCGCUGAGUCAGCUUAAUUGUAAUGUACAGUGACUAAAUGGUCUCUCCAGGACCAGGCUUGUGUAAAUAGACAAACUAAAUAAAGGUACUGUGAUGUUUGAUUUCAUAUGCAGAGAUCAGUUGAAUAAUAAAAUCUUCAGAACAUGUGCAUACA